AUGCUCCCAACGCCCACCUUCUGGCUGGGGAAGGACACCCUCAGGGUGUCGGCCAAGCUGUUCGCAGAGAACCGCCGUCGGCUGAGCCAGGCUCUGGGGGCCGCCGGAGCGCCCAGGGGGGCAGUGGUGCUGCUGCAGGGCGGGGAGCAGCAGAGGAGGUACUGCACCGACACGGACCAGCUCUUCAGACAGGAGUCCUUCUUCCACUGGACUUUCGGCGUCACCGAGGCUGAGUGUUUCGGAGCCAUUGAGGUGGAAACAGGAAAGUCUGUCCUCUUCGUCCCCAAACUGCCAGAGCGCUAUGCCAUCGAGAUGGGAGAGAUCUAUCCAAAGGAGCACUUCAAAGAGAAAUAUGCUGUUGAUGAGGUGCACUACACCUGUGAUAUCGCAGACACUCUGAAGAGCAUGAGGCCCGCCGUCCUGCUCACGUUGCGAGGACUGAACACAGACAGUGGAAGCACCUGCCGCGAGGCCUCGUUUGACGGGAUCAGCGGCUUUCAAGUAAACAACUCGAUUCUGCAUCCCGUCAUCGUGGAAUGCCGCGUGACCAAGACGGACAUGGAGCUGGAAGUCCUGCGCUACACCAACAGGAUCUCCAGCGAGGCCCACAAAAUGAUUAUGAAAAGCGUGAAACCCGGUCAGAAAGAGUACGAAAUGGAGAGUCUCUUCCAGCACUACUGCUACACCAAAGGAGGCAUGCGUCACGCGUCCUACACCUGCAUCUGUGGAACGGGGAACAACUCCUCUGUCCUCCACUACGGCCACGCCGCUGCUCCCAAUGACAAGACCAUCCAGGAUGGGGACAUGUGUCUGUUUGACAUGGGCGGAGAGUACUACUGUUACGCCUCCGACAUCACCUGCUCCUUCCCGGCCAAUGGGAAGUUCACCAAGGACCAGAGGGACAUCUAUGAGGCGGUGCUUAAGGCGUCCCGCGCUGUCCUGGCAGCCAUUAAACCAGGUGUGGAGUGGACCGACAUGCACUUUCUGGCCAACCGCGUCCACCUGGAGGAGCUGCUGAAGCUGGGCAUCGUCAGGGGCAACGUGGACGACAUGAUGAAGGCCCGCCUGGGCGCCGUCUUCAUGCCCCACGGCCUGGGCCACCUGCUGGGCUGCGACGUGCACGACGUCGGGGGCUACCCGGAGGUCAGUGGCUCUGAGAGGAUGGAGGUGCCCGGUCUGAGGAACCUGAGGAUGGGCCGCCUGGUGCAGGAGAGGAUGGUCCUCACGGUGGAGCCAGGGAUCUACUUCAUCAACAACCUGCUGGACGAGGCACUGGCCGAUCCCGCCCAGAGCUGCUUCCUCAACCAGCAGGCGCUCGCUCGCUUCCGCGGCUUCGGAGGGGUGCGCAUCGAGGAAGACAUUGCCGUGACGCGGGACGGCGUGGAGCUCCUGACCUGCGUGCCACGUGGCGUGGACGAGAUCGAGGCCUUCAUGGCGGACUCCGGGAAGACCCUCAGCCCAUUGGUCAGCAGCGAGGAGAUCUGAUGACAUCACUCUGAACUCUCCAGAAGGAAUGUUCCGGAACGUUGAGAGGGAAUCACUUCAAGAAGGGAAAUCGCGCUAUUUUUCUAACCCAUCAUAUAACGUACAAUUAAUUCAGAUAACACAUUAUAAUCACAUUCAUGCUUAUCAGCUGCUGAAAUA